AUGUUUACAGAGGGUUUAGGAUUAAUUUUUUUAUUGAACUUUGGGGGGAUAUUGCAUUUAAUUUCGAUUGCUAGAAAGGAUGCGGAUAGAUUGAGAGAAGUGGCGCUAAAAUGAUCGUUGGCUAUUCUAACAACUACAGUCCUAUUAUGGGUGAUUUUCGAUGGAGGGGGGCAGUUUCAAUCAGUAAUAAAGUUCGGGUGACUGGGCGGUAUGACAUUGGUGUUCGGGGUGGACGGCAUAUCUUUAUUUUUCUUGAUUUUGACAGCAUUUCUAAUCCCGAUUUGUAUCUUGGUGAGUUGAGAUUCCAUUAAAUUUUUAAUUAAAGAAUUUUUAUUGUGCUUGUUAUUAAUAGAAAUUUUAUUGAUGGGGGUGUUUACGGUAUUAGAUUUAGUGGGGUUUUAUAUAUUAUUUGAGGGGGUAUUAAUACCGAUGUAUUUAAUAAUCGUGGUAUGGGGUACAAGGGAAGAGAAAAUCAGAGCAUCGUAUUAUUUUUUUUUUUAUACCUUUUUAGGGUCAGUAUUUAUGUUAUUAGGGAUAUUUGCGGUAUAUAGUGAGACAGGGUUGACGCAAUACAGGGCAUUGUGUAAUUGCGAGUUGAGGGAAAUAGUGCAAAAUAGUGUAUUUUUAGGGGUAUUCAUAAGUUUAGCAAUAAAAAUACCGAAAGUACCGUUUCAUAUAUGGCUACCACAGGCGCACGUAGAAGCGCCUGUAGCAGGGUCAGUAAUAUUGGCCGGAGUUUUAUUGAAAUUAGGGGGGUACGGAUUCAUACGAUUUACAUGACCGUUGUUGCCAGAGGCGACAGAAUAUUUUGCGCCACUAAUUAUGUCUUUGAGUCUAUUGGCCAUAAUAUAUGGGAGUUUGACGACUUGCCGGCAAGUAGACCUGAAAAGAAUAAUUGCUUAUUCAUCAGUGGCACAUAUGGGGUUAGUGACCUUAGGGAUAUUUAGCCACACCUUGCAAGGGUGGGUGUCCGCUGUUUUUUUAAUGUUGUCCCACGGGUUAGUUAGUUCCGCAUUAUUUAUUGUAGUAACAUUACUAUACGAGCGACACCAUACUAGGUUGACAAGGUAUUAUCGAGGAGUGGCCAUAACAAUGCCGAUUUUUUCAAUUAUAAUGUUCUUGUUGGUAUUGGCGAAUGCCUCAGUGCCAUUAAGUAGCAAUUUCGUAGGGGAAUUUUUUUCACUAAUGGCAGCUUAUGAGUACAGCUAUUUUGUGGGAAUAAUGGCGUCCACAGGUAUUGUACUGUCCGCGACGUAUUCUAUAUAUUUGUAUAAUAGAGUAUGUUUUGGGACGCCGUCGCGCUACUUGCAUUUACCUCGUGACUUGAACCGGCGAGAGGUGUGUGCACUAUUACCAUUGGUGGUAUUAAUUUUUUUAUUGGGGGUGUUCCCGAAUGAGGGGUUAGUUGUAAUUAUGUCUACGGCACAAAUGGGCGCUGCGGCUAUAGAAUAA